AUGCUCGCCCCACGCUUGUUGCGGCCGGCGUCUUCGCUGGUUCGCCCCUUCAGUUCCACUGCCACUGCCUCCCGCGCCCCCUCUAUCCGUGACAUCACCCCCGACUCGGCUGCUGAGUUCAACGCACGUCAGAAGGAGUUUCGCGAGAACCUAGAGGUUGCCCGCAAGAAGAGAGAACAGCAAGAGAGUCAGUCUGUCGAUGCUUCUGGUUCUACCUCUGCCCCAUCCCCUGCAUCCCGUGACCGCCUUCGUGAGUACGCUACCGCUCCCACUGCUCCAGGUGAGAGCAAUGCGAGCAGUAACAAACAUCCCGUUUUUGAUGCCGCUGAAGUUCUUGAUAAUAAGGCUUUGGGCUCACUUUCUACCCACCGUAUUAUAGGAGACGAGCAGCUGCAGGAAGCCAGUCAGUCUCCGAAGCGCGGCCCCCUGUCGUCGCUCAUCUACGGAACGAAGGAAGGCCAGCAGCUGGACAAAGAUAUCGAACGGUCAUUCUCGCAGGUUCUCGCCCGUGGAAAAUACGUACAUUCCAUCGUCUUUCACGACGUGAAGCCCGAUAAAGUUGACGACUAUGUGAACCUCGUCGGCCAGUGGUACCCUCGCAUGGCUGCCGAUCCUGAAAACCGGGUGAAUCUGGUUGGUAGCUGGCGCACGCAGGUUGGAGAUAAUGACACCUUUGUUCACAUCUGGGAAUAUCAGCGAUAUGAAGGUUACCAUGCUUCCCUCCACAACAUCUCCUGUCACCCCGAAUUCCCCGAAUUUGACCGGCAGUUGAAGGGCUUGAUCAAGAGCAAGAAGACGUCGCUGAUGCAGGAAUUCUCUUUCUGGCCCACGACGCCUCCACGGCGCCUGGGCGGCCUCUUUGAGCUCCGAUCGUACACUCUUCAUCCCGGAAAUCUUCUGGAGUGGGAAACACACUGGCGUCGUGGCCUCAAGGCCCGCCGGGAGGUGAUGGAGGGUGUUGGGGCAUGGUUUGUUCAAAUAGGGGACCUGAACACUGUGCACCAUCUCUGGCAGUUCGCGAACCUCGAAGAGCGCAAAGUCCGCCGUGAGCAGUCCUGGGGUAUCGAAGGCUGGGGGGAAACCGUCCACAAGACGGUGCCACUUAUCCAGACCAUGCAGAGUCGGAUCCUGAUUCCCAUGCCCUGGAGUCCUGUUGGCUAA